ACCCCAAAAUCUCUCUCUCUCUCUCCAUAACAGCAACUUCAAGCUCCUAGAGCUCACUUCACUCAAAAAAAUGAUUCAGGCCCUGAAUCCUCACUCCACAUCCAAAACAGCUGAAAUAAUGUCUAGAUACAGACCCAUUGCUCCAAGGCCAGACACUUCCACAAACCCCAUCUCUGAUGAUACAUCAUCUUUAUCCCAAAAGAUCCAAAACUCUCCUUACCUCCGCAAAGUAUGGCCUCAUUUGCAGGCCAGACCGACCCGAACCCGGAAGAGAGGACGAACAUCGCUCGCUCCUCCAGCCAUCAAGCGACCAAAGACCCAACAUCUCUUCACCCUUUCUCCUCCUCCACCUCCCCAAAACUCAUCCAUGCAUGGCUUUUCUUCCCAUGCCCUCCAAUUCAAUAUCCUUCCUCAAUCUUCUUCAAGCUUGGUCACUCUUCCUCUCCGCCCAGAAAUAGAUUUAAACAGGGUGGUUGAUGAUGUACCAGAAGAGACGGAUUUCCUACAGCAGUUUCAACCAGCAGGAGGACCCAUCCGCGUCAUAACACCGCAGCCGGUUCGCCCAGUUGGCUCGAGCAUAACCGUCGGAUCCAUAAACAAAGACGCAGACCUAAACCCGGGUGCUCGAGUUCCAAAGAAACGAGAGGAGGUUGAGGAAGAGGUUGAGUCCGAGGCCUUGCCGGCUGUUGUGUCAGACUCGAACAACAAAGUGAGGCUGGCGAACUCGGCUUAUAAGGAGAUGGUGGGUCAACCAGAGUGUUCGUGGCUUGAUUCUAUGGUUGUUGCAUGCGAGGGAAGGCACGGAGGCAGUGCAUGCAAGAGGAUCUGUGGGGAGGUCGUGCUUCGAUUCUCGGAGACAAGUAGUGUCCCUGUGUCGUCUUCGCCGAAUGGGUUUUCUUGCUCGGCGAAAAUAGAGUGGGGAAGCAAUGGGAAGAAGAACAGCAGCUCAGUCCAUGCUUUCUGUGAUGUUAUGAGGUUAUGUUGUGAGUCGAAGGACUACCACUUUGCUUGGAGGUUCCAUACUACCAGAGAGGCUUCUCAGUCUGGAUCAAACGCUUGAAGUCGCUAAUUUACAUCUAAUAUAAUAUAAAUAUAUUAUAUAUAUACAUAUCUUUUUGGUAAGUAGUCAGUAACUUAGAAGUUAGAAGUUGCUAUUGUACAUAAUCAUACCAAUAAUGAAGAAGAGAACUUUUGCUAGCCUCUUAAUGGU